AUGGCCCCACGACGAACAACCUCUCAACCACGACGGACAUCCAAACAAAAGGCGCCGCCGCGACCAAAAAAGAACUCAGCGCUGAACGCCUCAGGCCGCGAUAUCACCAGCCAACUUGGCUUACCUCAAGAUCGCCCACAAACUCCUGAUUCCCUGCGCUGCCCUCCCAACAUGGAUGAUUUCCACCCAGAAUUCCAAUCCCAUUCCCAGCCCCAACCACCACUGCAAAAUUUCACGCCUGCGCAAGAUUACUUAAUGGGGGGCGACUACCAAGACCAGUAUUACCCGCCGCAAGACCAGUUUUACCCACCGCAAGAUGACUACCACCCCCCACAACACGACUACCACCCCCCGCAAGACCAGUACUACCCCCCACAAGACCACCCCCCACAACACGACUACCACCCACCGCAAGACGACUACCACCCCCCGCAAGACCAGUAUUACCCCCCGCAAGACCACCCCCCACAACACGACUACCACCCCCUGCAAGACCACCCCCCACAACACGACUACCACCCACCGCAAGAUCAACCCCUGCAAAAUCAACCCCCGCAAGACCAGUAUUACCCGCCGCAAGACGAGCACCCGCCACAAGACGAGCCACAGCCUGAGGAGUUCCAGCCAGCACCUCAAGAGGAUGAGGGUGCUGGCCCCAUACAUGAGGAUCUUGACCUCCAUGGUCAUGGCUUGCGGCAGCACAUGCGUUGGGACCUCAGGGACGUGUAUAUCCUGCGCAUGCAACCCCCACAGCAGGGUCCUCAGAUUGUCGGGGUCACAAUUCCCCGCAAGAGAGAGGUUGAUCGCGGGGAAUUUAGUCAGGGCGUCAUACAUGAACUACGCACUUCGCAAACGGUUGGUCGACUCGGAACUCGUCCAGUCGAUCGGCACUUACCUCUGACACCAUCAUCGGUACUGGCACCGGCACCCCAGCCACUGGCACCAGCCGAAACUCCCCCAACACCAGCACAUGCCUCAAGUCCAUCCCCAGCCCCAGCUCCCGACUCAUCAUUCGUCGUGGAGCUCGACAAGCCCACCAUCAACAGCAUCAAACACACUACAAAGGAGGAGCUGUGGGCCGUUAUCGAUAGGGCCCUUAAGAAGGCUCGAAUACCUGUUAUCGGGCAAGUCAAAUAUAAACCAUUUGAGAAGAAGAGAGUUCUUUGUGAAGAACUGGUGACGUGCAUGUCGAACAUGCAGCGGACGUUCAGAGAUUACGCCGCAAAUAUAGUCCAGACGGCUCUCAACCUACGACUACCCAUCUCCGCAGAACCUCAAGAGGAGGCAGCGCACAAGAUCGCGGUAGUUCCCAUCCUACUGAAGGACCUCAACUUCUUGCACAAGUUUGAAUUGGAUGACGAUGGCAUCAAACAAUGUCAGCUUUUAGAAGCCGACUAUUUUGUUGAGAUGAUCAUCAACGUCGUGUGGCAGAAAGGCCUGUAUGAAUAGGGAUCCGCACGGGUGAACCCCCAGGUUUGGCAGGUCAACCCGCACCCACACCCCGAGGUAAACCCACACCUGCAGCAAGGGUACAGGUUGCACAGUGGGUAGCGAAGUAAGGACCCGGGGUACAACCCAUCAAGGGUGUACCUGCGGGUCAUAGAUCCGCCAGUGCUUAGCACAUAUGUCCAGCACACGUCAGCAAAUGCUGAUGUGACUCAAACAUAUGUGGAUGGCACAAGAAGGAGGAGGGGCGUGCGCUGGGCAUUCGUGCAUGGUGUCCGUCGCG